CAUUCAUAUCAAGUGUAAUCCAAAAUCAGGACGUUGACAAAACUUAAUGUCAAUUGUACUAGUCAAACCAAAAUUAGGCUAUUAGUAACAGGACAGCUUGACUAAAAGAUUGCGCUUACAGCAUCGUGCCGCUAGAUGUCAGUAAAGGAUGAAUUAUGUUUAUCCGGAACAGUCCAAAUAACGAAAAGCGCUGGCGAGUGAAUUCACGGACCCCUACAUAUUGGUAUAGUCCCGUCUGCUUUCAUUGUCAGACAGUUGAGUUUCAAUUUCACUAUUGUUAUUUCAAAUAAACUGUAAACUGCUUGUUACAACAGAUUCCAUAUCGCAACAAGGAUAAAAUCAAGGCACAGACGGGAGACAUUGGGCCUUUAAACUUUAGAUCUGCCAGCUGUCAAGACAGAGACCAUGGCGUUUCAGAUGUCAAAACUUGCUGCUCGUGUUUGGCUCUCCAAAAGCGUUGGGUUCACAUCCAGCGCUGGGAACAGAUGUCCGACUCUCGAUUUGAUCAGCAGACUUGCACAUCGCUCCCUUCAUGCGCUCAAAGCGCUGCCCUCCCCGGGGCUCUUACGUAAAGCAGACAGGUGGGAGAAGGUUUCCACGGCCUCAAAGUCACUUCACAGGCGGAGUGGAGGGGCUGUUAAGCCGCACCGCAUCACCGGGGUUGUAGUGGGCGCCGUGGGGGGUCUCUGCUGCGGCGCUGGCCUCUCUGAGCACGAGCUGAACCUGGACUCAGAGAGCAGCGACUGGACAGAGGCGAAGAAAAAGCUUUGCUCCAUAAGGAGAAGAGGAGGGAAAUGUACAGGGUUGACUUCAUUCCUCUGGAGAAGAUUCCUGUCUGGAGUCCAUCAGGUGACUCCUCUUGUAAGCCUCGGUACAAAUUCAAUGAAGAGCUGAAUGAGAAAAUAUCCCUCUUCAGUGGUGAUAUCACAAAACUGGAGAUCGAUGCAAUCACCAACGCAGCUAACAAGACACUUCUGGGUGGAGGAGGAGUGGAUGGUGCCAUUCAUCGUGGGGCUGGUCCUCUGUUGAGGAAGGAAUGUGCCACUCUGAACGGCUGUGAAAUGGGGGAGGCCAAGAUCACCGGAGCCUACGGUCUGCCUGCAAAAUAUGUUAUUCACACCGUGGGGCCGAUAAUCCAUGAUUCAGUGGGGGACAGAGAGGAACAAGCACUGAGAAACUGUUAUUAUAACUGUCUGCACACAGCAACUAAGAAUCACCUGCGGACUGUGGCUUUUCCCUGCAUCUCUACUGGAGUGUAUGGAUAUCCACCUGAUCAAGCAGUCGAAGUUGCCCUGAGAACAGUGAGAGAAUACCUGGAGCAAAAUCACGAGAAGCUGGACCGGGUCAUCUUCUGUGUGUUUCUGAAGUCUGACAAAGAGCUCUACGAAACAAUGUUGCCUGCAUACUUCCCACGAGGUUCACCGCCAAAGAGCACAUUAUGAGAGGAUGGCAUAGUUGCUGUGGAAACGCCACACAAACUGCUUUUCCGUCACAUCACUGUCUCGCUUUUACCUGAUGCAGCCCCUACAAACAUCAACAGCUGCCUGACACCACCUGAUUUAUUCA